AAGAACUGAGGCUUUAUAUAGAAUCUGACUACAAAGUCUGAAUCCCAACUCUGCCAUUCAUUAGCCAUGGGUCAUGGGCUAGUUCAUUAACUCUUCCCACUGUUGUAAUUUCCUGGCAAUAGCAAGAGUAUCUACAUUGUAGGAUGUGCAGCAUGCUCUUUGAGGCCUCUUUGGCCUAUUUGUCUUUAAUUGCAGCCUUCUUCCCAUCCCUGUCCAUCCCUACUAUGCAUCAAAGUAGAGCAGGGAAGAAGGAGGAGGGUGCAGGAAGGAGGCUGUAGUUAUACAGAGGUGGUCAGGAUUGACCUCACUGAGAAGAUAAAAUUUGUUUAGAAACCUGGAGAGGGUCAGGAAAUGAGACAUGUGGACACUUGGAGGAAGAGAAUUCCAGCAGAAGUGAAGUCUCUGAGGCCGAGGAUGCCCAGUCUAUUGAAGGAACAGCAAAAAGCCCAAAAUAGCCAGAGUGAAUCAAGGCUGUGAGGAAUCAACAUGGCGCAGGGCCUUGCAGGUUUCCGGUCCAUCGUAGGUUCUAGCCCCUCCUGCACAUUGAACAGCACUGUGGGGACAUCUGUCCAGCUGCAACUGAGCUCCACCUUGGGCCCUAAUGUUCGAGAGAUAGAGUGGAAGUGGGAUUCCAAGUAUAAGAAAAGGCAGUUGCUGCUGUCCUGGCAACUUAAUAACUCUAAUCCUUAUUGGUAUGAGUUUAAAGACAAAUACAAGUAUAGAUUUCACCUGACAGAGAUGGCCUCCUUGUGCAUCAGGAAUGUCUCUACAGAAAUGAGUGGGCUAUAUACAGUGACUAUUAAGUUCUACUCGGGAGAAUCCAAGGAAGAGUCUUUUAGACUCUGCGUUUAUGAGCCCAUCCCCCACCCCGAAAUCCUGAUUCAUUCAUCAUCCAACACAUUAGGCUGGUGCAAUGUCAGCCUGGAGUGUGGCACCCUGGGUGUCACAGAGAACCUGACUGUGACCUGGCUGAGCAACAACCUCUUCAGGGAACUAGAACAGAGAGGGACACUGGUUCCAGACCCCAACUCCAGGAAUCUAAGCCUGAGCCUGCCCCUGAGGCAGUUCAAUGGGCAUCUCACCUGUGUGAUCAGCAACCCUGUGGACCAGAAGAAUACAACCUUAGACCUGGACACCAUCUGUCUUUGGAGGGGUUCUCCGAGCAAAUGGCUUCUGAUAAGCAUCCUUGCCUUCGUUCUGAUGAUGAGCCUGGGGGCGGGAGUGUGGAUCUGGAAGAGGAAGAAGAGGAAGGCUGAGAGAGGUGGGUCUGCUCUCCUACCCGCAGUGCCAGGCCCAGCAGCUGCUUCCCAGAGCCUGUCCACAGAGAACUAUGCUGACUUGCAGACUGGUGAGGUCGACAGCCAUGACUCUAUCUACCCAGAGAUCGGCCUCCUGAGCCACCCUAAGAGCAACGUGGAGAAGAGAAGCUUCCAUGCACAGGGCCCCGAGCCAGUCCCAGAGGUCUAUACCGUUUAUGAGAAGAUCCGGCCACACCUAGAGGAGGAUGCCUAGAGCACGCGGACACUGACUCUGAGGAGGGGCCUUGGUAAGAUCUGCUGCCCACCCCACCCUUCAUGCUGGGGUCCUGAUAUCCUUCCUUAAGGUGGGUUUGGGAUAGACCCCAAGUCUUCCUGACCCACUCCACUGAGAUGGCAAGACAGCAUCAGCUGCCCCCCUGAGCCUGCCAUAGGUGUGAGCAGUGACCCUACUACUCAGACAUCAAAGCAUGAGAGGUAAACCCUUCAGCUGACCUCUGAUCUCUGGCCCACUUACUUCCCAUUAGGGAACACCCUUGGUCAGGCAGGACCUGCGUAGAUGUGGUCAGGGGACAGAGAUGAUUUUGCAGAACAGGGAGGGUUCUGGGCCUGAGAAAGAUGAGCCUGGGGUAGAGGACCUUUAGGACACCACCACCCAGCCCAUGACGCAAGAACAGAGAGGUAGCCCUUGACUGUAGAGAAGUGUGAGGCCUGCAGAUUCGGGACCAAGGGUCAGCAGCAGCAGGGAGGUGAGUGGUGGAAAGGGGAGGGAGCCUUUCUCGAUCUCCACCACCUAACAGGCUUACUUUUAAACACAGUGAAUGUACUAUCUCAGGAUUUCUCAAAAUUCAAGUAAUUCACAGAUCCUUCUCGUUUUAUUACAUAACAAAUACAUACAGUACAAAAGUUAAAAGUCAUGUCAUUGAAAUUGUGAUGUUUCACCAGUUUUGUUGCCGUAGUACAGCUGGUUUUGUUCCCAAUGUGUAACUGAUUGGUUUAAAUAAUAUGCAUGUAAUAUAUUAAGCAACAUGCUAAAUCCUACCAUCCAUAUAGUUUUUCAUUUUAAUUAACUUGGAUUUCUGAGUAGAUAAUCAUAUUAUCAAUAAAUAAUUAUAAUUUUUGCUCCUUUCUUUUCAAUUUAUGCCUUAUUCCUUUCUUUUGUCUGAUUGCACUGGCUAAUACCUCCAAAACCAAGUUAACUAAUAGUGAUUAUAAAAGAUAUCCUUGUUUUUUCCUUAACUUUAAGAUGACUACUUCCAAUGUUUCCCUGCCAAGCAUGAUGUUUUUAGACUAACACAUAUGUAUUUUAUCAUGCUGACAAAGUCUGCAUGUAUUCUUAUUUUAUCAAAAAUUUCACCAGAAAUAAAACAUCAAAUACCGCUUUUUCCCUUACAGCAUUUGUGAAUAUAUUAUAUUGCUUUUCUCUUUUUCACAUAUUCCUAAUGUUGAACCUUUCUUGCAUUACUGGAAUAAGCUCCAGUUGAUGUAUGCUUCUUUUUUCUUUUUUCUGAGACAGUCUCACUCUGUUGCCCAGGCUAGAGCGCAGUGGUGUCAGCCCAGCUCACAGCAACCUCAACCUCCUGGGCUCAAGAUAUCCUCCUGUCUCAGCCUCCAAGUAGCUGGGAUUACAGGCACCUGGCACAACGCCUAGCUAAUUUUUCUAUUUUUCAUAGAGACUGAGGUUUCGCUCUUGCUCAGGCUGGAUCUCCUGAGCUAAAGGGAUUUUCCUACUUCAGCUUCCCAGAGUGUUAGGAUAACAGACGUAAGCCACUGUGCCCAGCCAGUUGUAAUACUGUUGGAUAAUAUUUUUAUUUGAGAUUUUUAUGUCAUUAUUCAUAAAUAAAAUCCUCCUGUAGUUUUUAUGCUUUACUUUGUCAGUUUGGUAUUUAUGUUAUGCUUAUCCAGAAUUCAUUUUAUCCUUACUUCUUAUGAAAAUUUGCUUUAUAGUAAAAAAUAUCUCAUUUAAAGAAAAGAGUUUUCAUCACACAGUGAUUUAAAUUACUUUUAUUACAAUGUUACUUUAAGAUAUGCAAACAUAAAACUAUGUAUAAAUGUCUUGGAUAUAGCUUUUAUGUUAUAAACUAAAAAAUGUAUAUAAUGUAAAUAAAAACUAAAACAACGAAGCAAUUGUUAUUUAAACUACUUUUCAAACCUAUAAAUUUAAUGUAAUGUGAUAGAUGUUUUUAUUUGGUUCA